AUCCAUUCUGCACUGGCAGCGGGUUGAGCGCGGAUUCUUUCUGCUGCGACCGUAAACCUGCGUGGUGGUUGUUCGGCUAGGAACGCUUCCUGAGGGCCCGGGGCGGUGCACGCGCGCUGAUGGGGCACUGAGCGCGGCCCGUCGUAGGGACCGGAGGAGCUGGCGCUGCUCGGUUGAAAACUUCUCUGUCUCCCUCUCCGCUCCCCCUUUUUCUCUCUGCUUCCUCCCCCUCCUACUGCGUCUGUGACUCUGCAGCUUGCCUCUUCUUGGGCUGCUUCUCGCCCUUCCCGCUGUCUGUCGCUUUGCUGCCUGCCGGCGUCGAACCGGAGCGGCCGCUCCUGUGCGGAAGCAGCUCACUAGCAAAAGGCAGAGUCGUCAGUCGCCGGCGAUCCCGCACAGGGUCCUGUGCGAGCGAAGGAGGAGCGCGCAGCCCAGGAACCUGUCUGCCAGGGCGAGUGGGAAGAUCAGCUCUUAGAUAAUAAACAAGAACAGAAUGGGAAAACAGAACAGUAAAUUGAGACCUGAAGUGCUCCAGGAUCUCCGAGAGAAUACCGAAUUCACAGACCAUGAGCUUCAAGAGUGGUACAAAGGCUUCCUAAAAGAUUGCCCAACUGGCCAUUUGACUGUUGAUGAAUUCAAAAAGAUAUAUGCUAACUUCUUCCCAUACGGUGAUGCCUCAAAAUUUGCAGAACACGUGUUCCGCACUUUUGAUACCAAUGGCGAUGGGACAAUAGACUUCCGGGAAUUUAUAAUUGCACUAAGUGUUACAUCUCGAGGAAAGCUUGAACAGAAGCUGAAAUGGGCAUUUAGCAUGUAUGACCUUGAUGGCAAUGGUUACAUUAGCCGUGCCGAAAUGCUUGAAAUAGUGCAGGCAAUCUACAAAAUGGUGUCUUCAGUCAUGAAAAUGCCAGAGGAUGAAUCAACUCCAGAGAAACGAACAGAUAAAAUCUUCAGACAGAUGGAUACCAAUAAUGACGGUAAACUAUCUCUUGAAGAGUUUAUUAAAGGUGCCAAGAGUGAUCCCUCGAUUGUGCGGUUGCUACAGUGUGAUCCAAGCAGCGCAAGUCAGUUUUAAUUAAACUCUGGACAGUUUGCAAAGAAAAUUACUGGCUUGUUCAAGCUUUGCUCAUAAAUGGAUGCCUUCAACCAUUCCUCGGUGGUUAGUGGAUGAAACUCCAUUGCUGGAUUGUCUCUGUAUCCAAGUGAAAAAAGAGCCUCACUCCUCUCAUCAGCUGUGAUACGACUCCUCUUUUUGGUAUUCCAGUUCUCCUUUUCAUUCAACAUCAUGUUAGGACUCCCAGUACACAUUGGAUGUAAUGGAAGGGUAUGUUUGUAUGCAAGUUAAAAGAGGGGUUAUGGCACAUCUCUCGGUCAAUCUACAUGGAUAGCUUUGGUAACUCUGAAAAGAUACUGUAUGUACUUUUUGCCUGCUAUAACAGCAGCAAACGACAGGCAGUUUAUGUCCCAGAAAAAGCCUAUAAAAUGUGGAAUAAAUUAAGCAGAUUUUUUUUUUAAAAAUAGCAUGACUCCAGUUUCCUUCCCAUAAGGAAAAUUGCUUGCACUUGCAUAAUGGUCUUUCCAGUACGCACACAUACACACAUAUUCAUGCGUGUGUGUGUGUGUGUGUAAUAUUUUUGAAGUAAAAAAUUAAUAUUUAGGUCAUAUUUAUAUAUCAAGUAGACUUCAUCCUUCAUUUCUUCUAGUUGUCCAUGAUUAUUUUUUUUAAAAAAGGAUUAUGAUAUUUAUGCAUAGUAAAGUUGCCAUUAAGGCACUGCAUGAUUAGCUGUUUGUGGGUAUAUCACUGUUUUAAUUACUGGUUGCAACACUUUGUCCAUUUCUGCUGUUGACUGUUCCCGUGUUUACUGUGUUUAAUGAAGACUAAAGGGGAAUCAUUCUGCUUCUGUGCUUCACAGUGAAGGGCCACUCGCUGUGGCUACAACAUUUUAAAAGGCUUUUGAGCGAGGUGAGGUAAUUUGACAAGCAUUUGCUAUGAUCCUCCUACCAAUUUGUGGCUGUCCAUCUCUGUUAAUCGUCUUGUGCAUUCCAGUGUUAUUUAAUAUCUGCCUAAUGCCAAGAAAUGCUGGUUGAAAUAAAAAUGAAUUUUCUUGUU